UAUACAGGACCGGACCGGACGAUAUCGUUUCGGCGUGGCGUAUAAUAUGUAAUAAACGCGCGCGUGAACUUUGAGAGUGAAAAUCCAAUUGUCCCCGCCACCGUCCACCAGCUCGCGGUAUCAUAGCGAGGGCACACCACCAUCGUCUGCACCGCCGCGACCAGCAGCAAAAGUAUACCGCUCACCUCCGCCACCCGUCACCCGGCCGUCACUCGAUACACACACACACACACACAUACACACACACACACAUACACACACCAGCACACACCCACACUCGCACAAAACCCAACCGACUCUUCGCCGUUAUCCCGAGGGGCCGCCCUUUCUCGCACACAACCGGCAGCUACCGCCUCCCCGUUCAUCGUACCCGUACCCGGUGCAGAAACGCGUCCAGCCUAUUGAACCACGCGGAAAAUCCGAAUUCGCGGCGGCGAGGGCGGAACUGGAACGCCACCGCCGUCGCUGGAGCGCCUCUCCGUGACCCCGAAACGUUUUGCCCGGGCAUCGGCGGCAACGACGACUACACCACGAUACGACGUAGUAUAUACUGUAGUAGAAAAUCCCCGACCGACCCUUUCUUUCCGCCGGGGGUACUGUUCUCGCACAGACACGACCGUUAUCAUCCCACUACCCUAUAUACGCGCACGACCGCCCAACACCCCUCGCCAAACUCGUACACCACUCACCUGAACGCGUACGGCGAUACCGCACACCGCGAUUAAGGCCAUCCCCGGUUAAUUUGGACGCGGGAUUUAUGAUUUCACGGCGGAUCGACCGUUUAGCGUAUAUACCUACUCAAACUGUAUACGUGCUGCGCGGCGGCAUCGUUUUGAAAAUCCGAGUAUUACGGUGGAGAUACGGGGUGGCGGGGUGGUGAAGGAUAGUAAUAUCAUUAAAUAUGAAAACAAACAAAAAAAAAAAAAAAAAAACAGUGAAAUCUAUAGAUAUAGGUACUGGACGUUGUGUUUGACUGAAAUUUUGUCGGAGGUGUCCCCGUUAUAUUCAAAGCAUGUCCGUUGUCGGGGGGGGGGGAGGUUUGACGAAAAACAAAAAUAAUAAAAUAAAAUAAAAAAAAAAAAAAAACAAAACGAAAAAGAUGCGGGUAAGACCCCAGCAAACGCCACGGGCCGCCGUCGCCCCGUCGAGGGGCCGUAUAGCCGACGCCACCGGCACAAGGGGCGGGCGAGACAGUGAGCAAGGCGAGUGAGCGAGCGCGCCGGUCCGGUAUUAGAGGUCAGUAUUGAUCCCGGCGGCGCGCGGCCCGUGUGACUGCACACACAAAAGCGACCCGCGCGCGCGCCACCGCCGCCGCCGUCGCACGGUUGUCGGUUUUCUUACGCGCGCGCGCUCAGCGACGGGACGGCGCGCGAUGGCUGGCGGUGGGCGGGCGGCCGGAGGCUUAUAUACAUGCAAGUUCCGGGGACAAGCAGCCGAUCCGCGGCAGUCGCUCGUUACCCAUCGACGGUGUCGCGCGCAGAAUACACCGUGUGUGCGUGCGUGUGUGUGCGUGUGUGUGUGUGUGUGUGUGUGUGCGUGUGUGUGGCGUGUGUGUGAUGUGUGUGUGUGCGAGUGUGUGACCGUCCGCGGCCGCUCGACGCUGGAAUUCGAUAAUAACAUAUAUUAUAAUAUCGUAACAGCGUAGGCAAAUUUUUUUUUUUUCUUAAAAAAAAAAAAAAAAAAAUUGAUGUACACACACACAAAGUAAAUUUCGAUAUGCAUAUUAUCACUCAUAAACGUCGCCUUUAUACGCACACGGACGUGCGCCCGUGAACCCGACAAUUUACACGUCUGCCCACCGAGGUGUGGUGUUCACCGCGCGAUUUCCCGUACCGUCGAGCACACAAUAAUAGUUGUUCGGUGUACGACGACAAGCGACAGCGGAAGUAUUCGUCUCGUAUCGCGGAUCACCGUCGCCGGAUCGGCACGACAACGAUCGGUCACUAUACCGCGGCAAAGGGCUCAUCGGCACUCGCGGCGCGCGUCCAGUCGCGCGGCCGGCCACCGCACGCGUCCCGCCGGGCCUGCCCGCUGAUCCCGUCGCGGCGACACCCGCACAGUCUCCAACACCGGAACCACCGACUGGCCAUGGCCGCGAGGUAACAGCGCGAGCGCGCCGGCUGGAUACCACUCGUGUGGUACACGGCGACGAGACGUCGGCCACGCCGUGGUAUUUAAUGUUUCCGGAUCGGACGGCCCCGGCGAGGUACAAUGCUUCCGGAAAGGCAAUGCUGCGCGCAGCUAUGCCCGGUACAGACGACGACGAUGCCGCCGAAGACCGAGUGUCUGCAGGACCGCAAGUGGUGGUGCUUCCUGCUGUCCAGCGUGUUCACGUUUCUCGCUGGGCUGCUCAUCGUCCUCCUGUGGCGGUUCUUCGCGUUCCUGUUCACGCGCAAGCAGCCCGCCGAGCUCGCGGCGCCCGGUUGCCCGAACAGCGAGCCCAAAAAGGAGCCGAAGCGGCAGGGCAAACAGGAGUUCGAGGGAACGUUCAUGACAGAGGCCAAAGACUGGGCGGGCGAACUGAUAUCCGGACAGACCACCACCGGGCGGAUAUUGGUGGUGCUUGUGUUCAUUUUAAGUAUAGCAUCUCUAAUUAUAUAUUUUAUCGACGCCUCCAACGAGGAGGUUGAACGAUGCCAAAAGUGGAGUCACAAUGUUACUCAACAAGUAGAUUUAGCGUUCAAUAUUUUUUUUAUGGUUUAUUAUUUUAUAAGAUUUAUAGCCGCCAGUGAUAAGUUAUGGUUUAUGUUAGAAAUGUACUCGUUUGUAGAUUACUUCACGAUUCCACCGUCGUUUCUAUCGAUAUACUUGGGUCGAACUUGGAUCGGUCUAAGGUUCCUCCGAGCUCUGCGCCUAAUGACAGUGCCUGAUAUUUUGCAAUAUUUAAACAUUCUAAAAACGUCGAGUUCAAUUCGACUUGCUCAACUCGUGUCUAUUUUUAUAUCCGUGUGGUUGACCGCCGCCGGAAUCAUCCAUCUCCUAGAAAACUCGGGAGAUCCAUUUGAGUUCCAAAACCAGCAACGGUUAUCAUACUGGACUUGCGUGUACUUUUUGAUUGUCACAAUGUCCACGGUUGGAUACGGAGAUGUGUUUUGCCAGACUAUUUUGGGCAGAACUUUUCUAGUAUUUUUCCUACUCGUCGGCCUCGCGAUUUUUGCGAGUUGUAUACCCGAGAUAAUUGACCUGAUCGGAACUAGACCAAAAUACGGAGGAACCCUGAAGAAUGAACGUGGAAGGAGGCACAUUGUCGUUUGUGGACACAUCACCUAUGAGUCAGUGUCUCAUUUUUUGAAAGAUUUUUUACACGAAGACAGAGAGGACGUAGACGUGGAAGUGGUAUUCUUACACAGAAAAGAGCCAGAUUUAGAAUUGGAAGGGCUGCUCAAACGUCACUACACCACUGUCGAGUUUUUUCAGGGUACAAUGAUGAACGCAGUAGAUCUAGAGAGGGUGAAGGUCCACGAGGCUGAUGCCUGUUUGGUGUUAGCGAACAAGUACUGCCAGGACCCGGACGCCGAAGAUGCUGCGAACAUAAUGAGGGUUAUUUCUAUCAAAAAUUACUCGGACGACAUAAGGGUCAUUAUACAACUCAUGCAGUAUCACAAUAAAGCGUAUUUACUCAACAUUCCGUCGUGGGACUGGAAGCAAGGAGAUGACGUGAUCUGCUUGGCGGAGUUGAAACUUGGUUUCAUCGCACAGAGUUGUCUAGCACCAGGAUUUUCCACAAUGAUGGCAAAUUUGUUCGCCAUGAGGUCGUUCAAAACGAGUAGAGAUGUGAUAGAGCGUUUGAUACCGUGUAUAGUUCCUGUGAAGAGUGUGGAGUUUGGUGUAUUUCAGUCUCCGGAUACGCAAGCGUGGCAGAACGACUAUCUGCAGGGGACCGGCUGCGAGAUGUAUACGGAGACCCUGUCCCCGUCAUUCACCGGCAUGACGUUUCCGCAGGCCAGCGAGUUGUGCUUCACGAAGCUAAAACUCCUGUUGUUGGCUAUUGAAAUAAAAGGCGAAGACGGACGGGACAGCAAGAUAUCAAUAAAUCCUAGAGGUUCCAAGAUACAGGCGAGCACGCAGGGGUUCUUCAUUGCUCAGUCAGCUGACGAAGUCAAAAGGGCUUGGUAUUACUGUAAAGCAUGUCAUGAAGAAAUUAGAGAUGAAACGCUGAUCAAGAAGUGCAAAUGCAAAAACUAUGUCGGUAUGAUUAUGAUGGAGACUGGAAUGUUGGCACAUAAUUAUAAUUUCGAGGUGGCGACAUUCCGGAAAGGCGUUCGCGCUAUACAAAUGGUCGGACGGGCAAACGAUCAUCCUCCCCCCACGGAAACUCCACCAACUCUUCCAAAGAGAGUACAUAAUAUCAGAGGUGACGUCGGGAAGGAAAAGGAAAUAACACUGUUGGGAAACAAAAAUACGCCAACGGCGAUGCCUAAUUCGAUAAUGUCAGCGGCAAAACAGGUGAACAAAGUGAAGCCAAUCAACCGUCCGGCGGACAAAGGGUCGCCUAAUCAAAAUUACAACCGAGCUCAACAAGAAGAAGGAAGCUACGCCGGAUAUCAACUCGCAUACGAAGUUAAAAAAUUAUUACCAACGACCAGAGGAGGAUCGGCUGGCACAAACAUAAACAGCAACGGUAUUCAAAUCGGUAUCGCCGACGAUCAAGCGAAAGACUUUGAUUUUGAAAAGACUGAAAUGAAGUACGAUUCCACUGGCAUGUUUCAUUGGAGUUCAGCAAAAAGCCUCGAAGAAUGCAUCUUGGACAGGAACCAAGCCGCGAUGACUGUAUUAAAUGGCCAUGUCGUGGUGUGCCUAUUCGCCGACCCGGAUUCGCCGUUGAUCGGACUUAGAAAUUUAGUUAUGCCUUUACGAGCAUCAAAUUUCCAUUACCACGAGCUCAAGCACGUAGUGAUCGUUGGCGCCGUGGAUUAUAUUCGCCGCGAGUGGAAGAUGUUACAAAAUUUACCUAAGAUUUCUGUGCUCAACGGAUCGCCACUGAGUCGAGCCGACUUACGAGCGGUUAAUGUGAAUCUGUGCGAUAUGUGUGUGAUAUUGUCGGCAAAAGUUCCUAGCAAUGACGACCCUACGUUGGCCGACAAAGAGGCCAUUUUAGCGUCGCUGAACAUCAAAGCAAUGACUUUCGACGACACCAUUGGAGUGCUCACGCAAGACGAAACCGCGGUGACCAAACAGUUUGAUCCGGAUGGUCUGAAUUGCGCCGGUGGGCCCAUAGUGUUGCAGAGACGAGGGUCAGUAUACGGCGCUAACGUUCCAAUGAUUACCGAAUUGGUCAACGACAGCAAUGUGCAGUUUCUUGACCAAGACGACGACGACGACCCCGACACAGAGUUGUACCUCACACAGCCGUUUGCAUGUGGUACGGCUUUCGCCGUCAGCGUCUUGGACUCGCUCAUGUCGACGACGUAUUUCAAUCAAAACGCGUUGACGCUCAUUCGAUCGCUGAUUACCGGUGGAGCAACGCCUGAACUUGAACUCAUUUUGGCCGAAGGAGCUGGUCUCCGUGGUGGUUAUAGCACUGACGAGAGCUUGGCAAACCGUGACCGGUGCCGAGUCGGUCAGAUCUCGCUGUAUGACGGGCCGCUGGCACAGUUCGGAGAAGCCGGCAAGUACGGCGAUCUGUUCGUAUCCGCCCUCAAGUCAUACGGGAUGUUGUGCAUUGGUCUAUACAGGUACCGAUUCAGAGACAGGAGUUCGUCUUGCGAUGCGUCGUCAAAACGAUACGUCAUCACUAAUCCACCGGACGAUUUCUCAUUGAUGCCCACGGAUCAGGUAUUUGUGCUGAUGCAAUUUGAUCCCGGGCUGGAGUACAAGCCCACUAGCAGAAAUGGAGGACGCGCCAAAGACGACAACUCCUGACUAUUGCUUUGUAGCGCUCUCACAGACGGUCCGUAUUCGUACAUCUAAAUCGCACGGGGCCGGGCUCGAUUGCGCGGCAAUCGCACACUACAAACACGAUCGCCACAACCACCUCCACAACCACAACCUGCACGAUCUCCAACACCUCCACCGCCUGCGCCGAACAUUGCGACGCUGCGACGAUUUUCUUCGUAUCGUCUCUGUUUUUUGUUUUUUGUAGCAAACACUGAUAAUAGUACUUCCGUUAAUCGAAAACGUGAACGAAAACUCGCCGGGAAUCACAGACCUUUUCGCCGUGUUGUCUGUCCACCCAUCGACGUCAGAACACGUUUAAUAAUUUAAUUUUUCUACAAAGAUCAUCCCUACAUCAGAUAUCGGUUAAGUAUACGUGUCGACGUACAACAUUGUCGAUCCAAACACAAUAUCCACCCGAUCACCAUGUUAAGAUUUCACGUGUUCAUCUCUCACGCACUCGAGUACUAACUGGAAGUCACAUACACAAACGCACACAUACACAUACACAUAUAUACACACACAUGCAUACCUAUACUAUGUACAUGAGUACAAUAGAUUGUUUAAAUUUUACGUACACUUUAGAGUCAAACCUAAGACGUUAAAUUUUAUCAACCUAUUAUACGUAUGUUCAUAUUAUAUGGUAAACGAGUACAUAAAGUACUCUCACGUGUGUAUAUAUAAUGUAUAUGUGUGCGUUUGUGCGUGUUUUUGCUUGUACGAGUGAGUUCUGAAAUUUGUUAACCUUGAAAUCUUACGUGCACAAAUCGCUUGAAAAAUUAAUGACUUUGAGAUUGUUCGGUGCGUUUUCCAAAAUCUAUACUUCCCAAAGAAAAAGGACACAGUAAAACCAUUAAAUUUUUCAGCAUUUUUCGUAGGUAUUCUUUAUCGAAACAAGUGCCAAGUCCUAUCUAGACAUUUGUUUCGAUUGGCGCGUCAGAUAAUAUUGUGUGUCCUUAUGAAUAAUCAUCGCCCGGAAAUUCCAUUUCACGUUCAAUUCCUACAUUUUCCAUCUCUGAUAUUAAUUACACUAAACAUUUCUACCAUUUUUUUUUCAUAUUUUAUUCGAUCGUGUUUCCACGUGUGCGCCGUCCCACUUUUCGAGCAUCGCCGCUGCGAUUUAGACGACAAACGGACAACGUGUUAGCGCUACACCCGUCGGUAACUUUUUCUGUACAGUAUAAAAUCUUGUUGUGUAAUAGUUUACUUAAAUAAUUACUUUAUUGUUCAUACUAUAAUUGUCAUGUAAUCGUAAAAUUUGAUUAUAAUAAUGUGUAUUAUGUAGAACACCAAAAGUUAAAAGAUGUAUGUAUAACGUUCGUUGUACCCUAUAAUGUUUUAUUAUUAUCAAGAGUGUAGUUUAAAAUUAUAAUCGCCUAUGUAUUAUACAAAAAAAAGUUAUAAAAUAAAAACUUUAGGAGAGCCAAUUUACAAAAAAAAAAAUAUUUAAGAAAAAAAGAAAAACUAAAAAAAAAAUGUAUUAGAAUAUACUGUAACUUAAUAUACAGCAUUAUUCUUUAGAAAAUUCUUUAUAUACCUAUACAUAAAAACAAAAUUGUCAUUUGUUUUUUUUUUUAUAACUGUAAAUAUCAAAUGUAAAGUGGUUAAAAAAAAUUUUAGCGUGUAAGUUGAAUAACUGUACAUUAUUAAUUUCGAACAUUAUUUUAUACACUGCGUUACCGAAUUUAUAAUUGUAUUUCAAUAGUCUGAAAGUUAUCAUUUUUGAGAAAAAAAAAUUUCGUUCAUGAGCAGCUAUAUCUUAAUUUUAAUUAUUUUUUUUAUCAUCUACUAAAUUAGUACGAUUUUUUAUCAUUAUUAUUAUAAUUAUAAUUAUAACCAUCAUAAAUCGCGGCUGUUUAUGAAUUCUUGUUAAAAAUCAUAAUAAUAUUUUCAAAAAUCACUACAACGGCACUAAAAGUUUUUUUACACGCAAUUUUUGUAUGAACUUAAAAUGAAGUUCAUUAAAAAAAAAGUAUAUAUAGUUAUAUAUAAAUUAAAGUGUUAUAGUUGAAAUUACAAAAUCACUGUUCUAUUUAUUCAAAAUUGGGGGAAUCAGGGGGGCUUGUGGGGAGCUUGUUAUUAUAAAAUAUAUUUUUUUUUAUUGUUAUGAAGCGUUUUACAUAAUAUUGCAAUUUCGUGUAAACAAUAGCAAUACAAAAUGAACAAAUAACUAUUACGAAAAAAAAAAAAAAAUUAUAUCUAUAAAAAUACGAACAAAAUAUAAUAUUGGCUUUCUGAGACAAUCAAUAUUUCUAAGGAUAAACAUGUUAAAACCGUAUAAACCUUAAUCACGCAAUAGAUAAAAAAAAAUAAUAAUAAUUGGACGUUUUUUUUUCCUUGAAAUAAUUACUAUAAAUAUUGCAUACUUGAAUCAUAAUGACGAGCUUUUUGUUAAAAAAUAUCCCCUUACAAUAUAAUAUUAUGUACAUUUUUUUUUAAAAAGACAAGUUUUGAAUUUUAGUAAUUUAAAAUAUCGCUUGAAAAAAUUGAAAUCGUUUCGUUUUUUUUUUUUUUUGUAAUCAGUUAUGUUUGAAAUUAUUGUUGUUAUAUUAUUGUUGUUUAUUGCUAUUGAAAUAAAAUUAUAUAAUAAUAAAAAAUACUUAAAAACUA